AUGAAGCAACUUUGUUUCACUCCAUGCAGCUACGUUGCUCGGUUCUCCAAGUGCCUUCACGUCGAGUAUAGAAGCAAAGGAAUCGAUGUGCAAUGCCAGGCACCGUUCUUCGUGACCGGCGCGAUGGCGUCCGGCUUCUCGGAGGCCAAGCUCUUCGCGCCGUUGACGCCGACGCCCGACGACUACGCGCGCGCAGCGGUGCGCUGGAUAGGCCACGGCGCGCUUUGCGUGCCCAACUUGCGGCACCAGAUCGCGUGGUUCAUAGCCUACGUCGUGCCCGACUGGCUGCUCGAGGAGCUCCUCCUGCGUGAGCACCUGUGGCAGAGGAAGGAGCUACGCAGGAUGAGGCCGUUGCCGCGUGCCCCAGCCGGGACUCGAGACCUAGUAAGCUACACAUGCACAAGCGGCUGCCUCAGUUGAGUGCUGAAUGGCUGAACUCUAACGCCCUUCUCAAUAAUCUACGUAGUUGGGGGAAGUCAUGAGCGUACAUUCUUGCAAGUUCAGUUAAUUAAUUUGUCGUUCUCAUGGUUGGCAAAAGAUUUAUCGGAUCAAGAUAUGCACCUCAGCUUAGUAGAUCUCUUAGCAAAAUGACUAUUCAACUCAACAAUAAUUUGAUCAAGCGCCACAUUAAAUAUUUCAAGAUGGAAAUGAUCAUAGUAAGCUACUAACUGGCUGCCACGACCCUUCUGAUCUAUAACUGGCAUUUCAUCUUCCAUAAUUGGCACAACAUUGUAAUGUACAAGAUAAAAUCAUGAUUCAGUCUGAUAGUUUGAUCGUCACGGAUGCUCUGAAGUUGAAUGAAGGGUACACACUGGUGGUUGCACCAAUUCUAGACGAUUGUCGUAGUCUACUACAAGAUUUCGGGAAGGUCACUAUUGAACAUUGUUUUAGAGAGACAAACAUGGUUGCCCGUGAUUUAGCUAGCUAUGGGAGGGGUAAUCCACAGACGGUGUGGUCAUGUACACCUCCUAG